AUGCAGCAUUAUCGAUUGCUUGAGCUGGCACGGAUGGUGCGAAUUGGUGGUGAGGUGUUAAUUGUGGCGUGGGCGUUCGAGCAAGACGAGCGCUCGAAACGUCGGUUUGAAAAGCAAGACGUCAUGGUAGAGUGGAAGCUUCAGCAAAAGUAUGCCAAGGAGGAGGAAAAGGAAGACAGCGCUUCCGGAUCGCACGGAAAGGUUGACCGCGAAAAGCGAUGGGUCGUUUAUGAACGGUACUGUCAUGUGUAUCGCAGUGGGGAGCUUGAAGCGCUAGUGGCGCAGGUGCAUGGCCUAGAGGUAGUUUCUGUCGAGUACAGUCGAUCCAACUGGUGCUUGCGCCUAAAACGGGUGGCGACAUAA